AGAAAUACAUCUCCCAUGAGGCUUUGGCUCGAGGGCCGCUGGGGGUGGUCGGCAGGGCGCCUCGAUGCCCGCCGGGAGUUGUGGUUCUCCGGGCCUCGUCACUCCGCCUUCGCCCACCCGAACUUCUUUUGUGGACGUGGCGCCGGCAGCCCGAGGCACUCUCGCCCGCUCAUUGGCCCCGCCCCCUGGGCCCCUCGCGAGCGCUCAUUGGUCGGUGGGCGUGGCCUCUGCGCAGCCGGGGCGGGACCUGCCUGGAUGGCCGCCAAAUUGGGCAUCUUUGGGAGAACUCGGAGCCGAGCGUGGGGAGCGGAGAGAAGCUGGGGCCUGACGAUGUGGCGUCCAUCGCUCCUGCUGCUGCUUCUGCCGCUGCUGCUGCCGCCGCUGCGGCGCGGGGCCCAAGGGAAGCCGUCCCCGGACGCAGGGCCUCAUGGCCAGGCCAGGGUGCACCAGGCAGCCCCCUUGAGCGACGCCCCGCACGAUGACGCCCACGGGAACUUCCAGUACGACCACGAGGCCUUCCUAGGACGGGAGGUGGCCAAGGAAUUCGACCAGCUCACCCCGGAGGAAAGCCAGGCCCGCCUCGGGCGGAUAGUGGACCGUAUGGACCGCGCCGGUGAUGGGGAUGGCUGGGUGUCGCUGGCCGAGCUUCGCUCUUGGAUCGCGCACACGCAGCAGCGCCACAUACGGGACUCGGUGAGCGCGGCCUGGGACACGUACGACACGGACCGCGACGGGCGCGUGGGUUGGGAGGAGCUGCGCAACGCCACCUACGGUCACUACGCUCCGGGGGAGGAAUUCCAUGAUGUAGAGGAUGCUGAGACCUAUAAGAAGAUGCUGGCCCGGGACGAGCGGCGUUUCCGGGUGGCUGACCAGGACGGGGACUCCAUGGCCACCAGGGAGGAGCUGACGGCCUUCCUGCACCCCGAGGAGUUCCCGCACAUGCGGGACAUCGUGAUCGCUGAAACCCUGGAGGACCUGGACAAGGAUAAGGACGGCUAUGUGCAGGUGGAGGAGUAUAUCGCGGACCUGUACUCUGCGGAGCCGGGGGAGGAGGAGCCGGCCUGGGUCCAGACGGAGCGGCAGCAGUUCCGCGACUUCCGCGACCUCAACAAGGACGGGCGGCUGGACGGCAGCGAGGUCGGAUACUGGGUGCUGCCCCCGUCUCAGGACCAGCCCCUGGUGGAGGCGAACCACCUGCUGCACGAGAGCGACGUGGACAAGGACGGGCGGCUGAGCAAGGCUGAGAUCCUGCAGAACUGGAACAUGUUCGUGGGCAGCCAGGCCACCAACUACGGCGAGGACCUGACACGACAUCACGACGAGCUCUGAGGCCCGGGGGGGCAAGCGGACACAGCUCGAGGCCCGGCUCUCAGGGACCUUCCUGCCUCAGUCUCCCCUGGGGACCCGACCCUGCCUUCCCCACCUGGGCCCCUCAGAGCCCCCAGUGUGGUCAGUACCAUCCUCACCACAGGGUCUCCCACCCAAAUUGGGACUGGCACGCCAGCUCAGCCCCCAGGAGCUUUCACCCACUACACCCCAAGUCUGAGCCACCACCACUGAGGCCCAGAAACUCAGCGCCGGCCCUGGGCCUCCCCUCUGCCGGGGCAACAAUAAAAUCCAGUGCUGGGGCCUGUGUA